AUGAAUGAGCAAUACCCUAGGUGGAGGUUAUUUAUUGAUCCCCCAAUUUCGGAUGGGCAUCAAGUCAUCCUGGUGGGAAUCAAAUAUUUCACCAAAUGGGUUGAAACAGCAUCUUACAAGAGUGUGACCAUGAAAAUAGUAUCCGAUUUUCUGAGGGAUCACAUUAUCUGUCGUUUUGGGGUGCCAAAGAUGCUGAUCACUGACAAUGCCAGAAAUCUCAAUAAUGAUAUGAUAGAUAGAUUAUGCAAACAAUUCAAGAUCAAACACUGGAAUUCGACUAUCUAUAGGCCUCAAAUGAACGGAGUGGUAGAAGCCGCGAACAAAAAUUUGAAGAAAAUCAUUCACAAAAUGACAAAAAGACACCGAAAUUGGCAUGAGAAACUGCCGUAUGCAUUAAUGGCUUAUCGGACUGUAAUAAGAACUUCUAUUGGGGCAAUGCCUUAUUCUCUCAUGCAUGGAUUGAACUACAUACGUUUCUUGAAGGAACAAGAAAUUAGCAAUUAUUCAGUCAAGUCUGACCUACACUGGAGCAAUUUUAUUGCAAAGGAAUUGGCUUCACUAACCCAAUCAGCAAAGGACGCAUUGAAAGCUGUUGAGGAAUCUGUGAGACGAGAGUUCGCUGCUGCAGAAUCUAUGAAAAGUCGCCUUAAUGCAUCAUCACAAUCUUCUACAAGAGGUGUUGCAGAACAGCCCUCAGAUGCUUGCCAGAACAGAGCAAAGAAAGUUAUUACGAUCCAGGACAAGGAUGGACCCAAGCAAUUUAGAGUUUUCGUGGAUGAUAAAUUUGAGAGACUCUUCAAGAUGUAUGCCGACAAGGUCAAGCUUGAUUUGCAGAAUCUAGUUUUUUGUUUUGAUGGAGUAAAAUUAGUCCUACCGCAACCCCUACUGGGCUUGAAAAUUGAAAUGGAGGAGAAUGACAUCAUCGAGGUGCAUGUGAAAAGAAAAUGA